AUGAAGGUGUUGGGAAACAAUAACCUAGUUCGAAUUCGUGUUGCAACACAUAAAAGACACUCUACAACACACCUUCCAACAGCUAUUCCACUUUAUCACAAAAAUUUAUUUGAAUUUUUUACACGUAGUACCACAAAUAAAAAUGGAGUUUAUUACAUCGGUCGUGAACUCACAAAUUAUGAUAAUCUGAGGAAUUAUCUCAGAAGGUAUUCUCUAAUCCCAUGGGAAGAAAAGGUUGCAUUAUUAUGGCAAACUAUUGGUGGAAGAAAGUAUCUUAUCGAUAACAGUGUUCCUAUUGAAUUGGACCCGGAAAAUAUGUUAAUACAUGAUUCGGUUCUAAAAAUUACAAAUAUUGAAGAUAAUGUUCAUGAUGAUUUUCAGCUUAUUCGAUAUAUUUCUCCCGAAACUUUUUCUGAUGAAAAAUCAAAAUCGGAUACCCACAGUUUUGGUAUAUUAUUAUGGGAAAUAUUUAGCAGUAUCAAAUCUUUUCAAGAGGAUUAUGAUAUUUUAUAUACAAUUAAGAAAUCUAAGAGUGCUCGAAAAUCGUCUCUUAAAAAUAUUGAUCUUUAUAAACUAUGUUUGCUUGAUGAUUUUGAUAAAAGAUCUAGUUGGAGUAGAAUUGUUAAAGAACUUGAAAAUAUUUCUUUUGGUCAAGAAUACAUUGAAAAUGCUGGAUACGAAAAUAAAGAUACUCGUUUAGAUAAAAAUUUCUUGAUUUUGUCAGAUUUCGAUUCAUUAGAAAAUAUGAAAAGACAAAUUAUUGAAUCGUUUAAAUUGAAUAAAGGUUGUAAUCACGAUGGUUUUAACUUUAAUAAUGCAAAGAAAGACAUUUUCGAAUACAUUGAAUUAACAUCAGAUAAAGUGAAGUUUAUACCAACUGUUUAUUUUGCAAAAAUAAAAUGUAGAACCUUGGGAUUUUUAAAUAGCCUCAAUUUAUCACCAUGUCUUGAUAGUGGUAAUUUGUCUGCUGAUUCAAAUAUUAUAAAAAUCCUCUUCCCGGUUAGAACAAUAGAACAUUGUGGAAAUUUAAAAGAUUAUUUUGUCCGGGAAAUUAAAACUGCGCUUAAGAUUUCGAAUAUACGUGAAAAAAGGAAUAGAUUAAAAGAAAUAUUUAAUGAAUAUGGUAAAUUCGUAAUUACAAAGUUCACAAUAGGUGGAGCAAUCACAAUCGAUUGUUCAAAAGUUAGUGCUAAAAGUGUAGAACGUUUACAAACAUACCUUUACUGGGGUAUAAAUUGUGCAAAAGGUGAAUCUCAGCCUAUUCUUGAACUCACGUCACUCGAUAAUUUUCUAGCAUUUGAAACUUUUCCAUCGAGUCAUAUGGAAAUUGUUAAAGAUUUAAAUUCUUGGGUAAAGGAUGUGUAUGAUUGUAAAAACGUUGCAAUUAUAUCAUAUGAAGGUUAUAAACCAUCUUAUGAUUUAUUAGAUAAUGAAUUAAAACACGAGAUAUUUGAAUGCUUUUCCUUUAAACCUACCAAUCAAAACCUUCCAAAGCUAAUUCCACAACUUCCCACUGAAUAUAAGCAAAAGAUUUUUUCAGAGUGGAUAUCAAAAUCUUCAUUAUUAUUUCAUGAACAUGAUUUUAUAGAAAAAUUUUCAUUACAAUAUGAAGUUUUAUUGAGGGAUUCAAAACUAGGAUAUGGAAAAAAAAUGACUAAAAUUUUGAAAGAGCCUAAAAUUACCUUAGAGAAUAGUACAACAAUUUCAUUCAUUAAUCCUCAAAAUCGACAAUUCACUUAUUCAUUACCAGUUAUAGAUAAAUUUAAGUCUGAUGAGACUUCUUAUUGCAUUACACCAUUAAAUUAUUCAGCAAAAAUUUCUUUAGAUUUAUCAGCUAUCAUACCUACCGAUGAUUCUUUUAUAUAUUAUGGAAAUUAUUAUAGUCAGAUAUUGCCAAAGACCUUUUGUAUCGGUAGUACUUUAACAACAACAUAUGAAACUUGUGAUAUUCCUGAUAUGCCUAACAAAUUUUCACAAGAAAUGUUACCAGAAAGAAUUGAAUCAUUUUUAAAGGAGUUAAGGGAAAAUUAUAAUACUAAUACUACAUCAUUUCUUUGUAAUGAUGGAAGAAUUAUUAAUCAAAAUCAAAUUAGAGAUUGGUUAGAAAAUAUGCAAUCCAAUCUUGAAAAUUUGGAAAUUAUUUCUUUUGAAGAUUGGAAUCCAUCUUAUCGAAUGUUAAGUCAAUUACGGGAGGAUAUAGGGUCAAUUUCAGAUAAUGAAUAUCAGAUUGUUUUUAAUGAAGAAAACUUAAUAAGUCGAGAUAAUCAAAAUAAUAUGAUCAUUAAAUAUCCUCGUCUACUUAAAAAUGAUAAUUAUCAUAUUUAUGGAUAUAUUUUAGAAAAAUCGGAUAAUUUGGAAGAAUCUUGGGAAAAAACUCCUGCAGCUAUUACAUUUGAUCAAACUAGCAAAUACGAAUGCAAUGUGAUUAUUCAUAAAAAUAAUAACUUAAAGUAA